GGAACACGAAGGUAAGAUGGAACACUCUAUCUAUGAAGUAGGGAAUUGAAGAGAAGCCACUUUUCAUCUGGAACAAUCCAUCUUGGCCUCGCAGUUAGCCUCCUAGCCCAUCUCUUCUUUAUAUUGAUUCUUUGCUUUUCUUUUUAUGAUCAGAAGAAGAAGAUGAGGAGGUGGUGGCUGAAGAAACACUACAAGAAGAUAAUGAAGAUGAAGUACAAUACAUGGAGGAGGAAGAAGAAGUGAAUCAAGAGAAUGAAGAAGAUGAGGAGCUUGAAGAAGGACACAAGGAAGUGCAUGAAGAUGAAGAAGAGGCCAAACCCAAGCCAAAGCUCUUCAUGCCUAAUCUCGUACCUCCUAAAAUCCCAGAUGGAGAACGUGUCGACUUUGAUGACAUCCACCGAAAGCGGAUGGAGAAGGAUCUGAAUGAACUGCAGGCACUGAUCGAGGCUCAUUUUGAGAGACGCAAAAAGGAGGAAGAGGAGCUCAUCGGCCUGAAGGACAGAAUUGAGAAUCGGCGGGCAGAAAGAGCCGAACAGAUCCGGAUCCGGACAGAGAGAGAGAAGGAGCGGCAAACACGAGUGGCAGAAGAGAAAGCACGCAAGGAGGAAGAGGAAGCCAAGAAAAAGGCAGAAGAAGAUGCAAAAAAAAAGUUGACCCUCACCAGCUUGCACUUCGGCGGAUACAUGCUAAGGACAGAGAAGAGAUGUGGCAAGAAGCAGACAGAACGGGAGAAAAAGAAGAAAACCUUGAGUGAGCGACACAAGCCCUUAGAUGUGGACGUGCUGAAUGAAGAACAGUUGAGGGGAAAAGCCAAGGAACUCUGGCAGUGGAUGCAUCAACUGGAAGCAGAGAAAUUUGAUCUCCAAUACAAAUUUAAAAAGCAGAGAUACGAGAUUAAUGUCCUGAGAAAUCGUGUCAGUGAACACCAGAAGCUGUAAGUAUUGUAUGUGUGUGGGUCUUUGCUGUUCUGCAUGCUUCUCACUUAAUGUAGUGGAGGUUAACAUAUUUGG